AUGCCUCGCUUCACAUCCAUCAACCCGCGCUCUCACCCGGACCCAGACAUGGGAGCCGCCGACAUUCUCAUGAACAUGAAAUACGGCAUUCACGAUGCUCGAGGUUACCUGAUUCAGAAUGCCCCCCAAGGGAGCUUCAGGCUGUCUGAGCGAGGCACCGAAGCGACCUCGAGUUUGUCGCCAGAAGUCGCUCGCUUCGAGAAUUCACCCGCAACAACUGAGGAAACCACCGGUUGGAUCACCAAGGCCACGAUCGGGCCAAUCGGCGUCAACGACAUCAACAAGUCAACCACCAAUGUCCAGCGCCGUCACGACAGCAUCCUCCAAAAGCGGGCAGAACACCGAUACACCGUGCGGGAGAUGGAAGCCGCUGCUCGUGACCAAAAGUUCAGAUUCCACGACAGCAUCAACCAUUCGGCUCUCGACAAGGCCAGGGAACGAGCGGCGGAAGACUACGCCGCCGACCAGGCGCUCAUGAGAGAGGCCAGACGCCAGCUGGGUUCUAAGCUCAUCAACCGCCGUGCCGCGACUACAGCUCGCGCGGACGCAUCGGCCGACUCUGCCAGAUCUGAUGCGGAGGAGAGCUGCACGAGCUCGGAGAUGAUCACAGCCGAAGAACUCCAGGACAACAAUCGGGCUAAAGUCCGCAGGGUGCGCGCCGAGCUCAAGGGUCAGCUUGAUGCCACCCGCGCAGACAUCAUGGACAAGGCGAUCAGAUCUGGCAACGGCGCGACACACUUGCCAGAGGAGGUGCAAGCCAAAUACAACAAGAAGGCUGGCCAAAGCAAGCGCUACGCAAAGGACCGGAGAGCCUUCGAGGAAAACGAAAGUAGGUAUUACAUGGGCGUCGAGCUGGACAUCUACGUGUCCAAGCACCCGGAGCAUGCCGACGCGGCCUACCUCAAUCUCGAAGACCUACAACCCCAGCGAGAGACAAAUGACAACACUCCAGCUCACGCUGCGCGCUCUCCAGCAUCUGCGACCAGUAGCUCGCCCACCGGUGCUCCCAGAAUCAAGAUCGUCGGGAAAUACGCCCGAAGCACCGAUCGCAACAGCACUCCAGGCCCCCUCUUAACUCCACCACUAGAGAAUGCCACCACACCAGAAUCUAUCCGGGCACAGCCUCGCAGCAGCAACAAGAAAGGUCGCACCCCUCUCCCGACAUCCGGGAAAGCCCGGACCCCCAAAGCAGCCAGGAAGGCUCCAGCCACCAAGGCACCCAAGAAGCGGAAGCGUUCGACGACACCUGAGCAGGAAGAUUCUGAGGACCAGAUCCUGCUGCCUCCGGCCAAGCGCGACAAGAAGGCCCUCAAGGCCGAGGUCAAAAGAAUCGACGAGCAGCUCAAAAUCGCCCAUCAUUUCGACCCCGAGAUUAUCACGCCGCUCGAGCACAACCAUAGGGUCAACGAGCUCAAGAAAAUAAGGAGCGACUUGACCAAGACCAAGAAGGAGGAGGAGGACAAGGAGAAGAAGGGACCUGUCAAAUCGACCACAAACGAGCACGAACUUGCAGACAACAUCCUUAGGGGCCCCAAGCCGAACCCAAACGGCAUUUGCGCGCCUUGCAAAUCGGCUGGAUGGGAGGUCUGCUGGGAGAAAGUGGAUCGUGAGAAGAACAAGGAGUUGCGCUGCGCUGCAUGCGUGCGUAACAAGGGCUCUACUACAACUUGCAAUAUCGGCACUCCAGAGGAACGUCAGACAUACAUGGAACUCAAGGCCAUAAAGGAUGCAAAGACGGCACAGAAGAAAGCCGAGAAGGCUGAGAAGGAGGAGGCCGAAAAGGAGAGGGCCGAGAGGGAGAAAGCCAUCAUGGACUGUGCGGUGUGAGUAGGAGUGUUGCAAAGUGCAGCUCCAUGUGGAGGGAGACAUACAUUGAAGACGGGCGGGAGAUGGGACAGUCCCACGUAUGACGGUCAUUGCUUGAAUCUGUUCAGGCCGGCGGUUCGAUGGUUCAAGGAAACAAGUUGAAGGAUAUUUGUAUAUACUGGUG